AUGAUGCCUUUAAGACCAUCACAAAGCGCCCUGCGCGCUUUCCACCUCCAGAGGCAUCUUGCCGGACGUCGGACUUUUUCGACCUCGUUUGUGGCUUUGGCUGCUUCGCCCCACCGCUCUAUUCAGAAACGUUGUCAGAGCACGGCUUCAGCUCCAGCUCCCGAGUCCAGACCCGUUCCCAGUCCCUCGUUCAACCAGGAACCUCACCGCAAUGAGAUCUCUCCCUUGCAACAUCGCCAGCUCCCCGAGCUUGAUGACUCAAUGGUUGGGAUGAGUGGUGGAGAGAUCUUCCACGAGAUGAUGCUUCGCCAGGGUGUCAAGCACAUCUUCGGUUACCCCGGUGGUGCCAUUCUUCCCGUCUUCGAUGCCAUCUACAACUCGAAGCACUUCGACUUUAUCCUUCCUAAGCACGAACAGGGUGCCGGCCAUAUGGCCGAGGGUUACGCCCGUGCCUCUGGCAAGCCCGGUGUCGUUCUUGUUACCUCUGGCCCCGGUGCUACCAAUGUUAUUACCCCUAUGCAAGAUGCUAUGUCUGAUGGCACCCCGAUGGUCGUUUUCUGUGGACAGGUUCCCACCAGCGCUAUCGGAACCGAUUCUUUCCAGGAAGCCGAUGUGAUCGGCAUCUCUCGUGCCUGCACCAAGUGGAACGUGAUGGUCAAGUCCGUCGGUGAGCUGCCUCGCCGCAUUCAGGAGGCUUUCGAGAUCGCCACCAGCGGCCGCCCUGGUCCCGUCCUGGUCGACCUACCCAAGGAUGUCACAGCUGGCAUUCUCCGAAAUCCCAUUCCCAUGCACAGCACCAUCCCCUCGCUCCCCAGUGCAGCGACCGUUGCUGCUCGUGACAUGCGCCAGAAGCAGCUCGAGAGCACUAUCGGCCGUGUUGCCAACCUCGUCAACGUUGCCAAGAAGCCCGUCCUUUACGUCGGCCAAGGUCUCCUUGCUCGCCCCGAUGGUCCCGAGAUUCUGAAGGAGUUUGCCGAAAAGGCAUGCAUCCCUGUCACCACCACCCUCCAGGGACUUGGUGGGUUUGACGAGUUGGAUCCUAAGGCCCUCCACAUGCUGGGCAUGCACGGCUCUGCUUACGCCAACAUGGCCAUGCAGGAGGCCGAUCUCAUCAUUGCUGUUGGUGCCCGUUUUGACGACCGUGUAACUCUGAGCAUUCCCAAGUUUGCGCCUCAAGCCAAGCUCGCCGCUACUGAGGGUCGUGGUGGUAUUGUACACUUCGAGAUUAUGCCGAAGAACAUUAACAAGGUCGUCCAGGCCAACGAAGCCGUGGAGGGUGACUGUGCCGACAACCUCCGUCUCCUUCUGCCCCAGGUCAAGGCUGUCCCCGAACGUCCCGAGUGGUUCGAGCAGAUCAACGACUGGAAGAAGCGUUUCCCUCUCUCGCUCUACGACCGCCAGACCGAGAGUGGUCCCAUCAAGCCCCAGGCUGUUAUCGAGAAGCUCAGCGAUCUUACCGCCCACAUGAAGGAGAAGACCAUCAUCACUACUGGUGUCGGACAACAUCAGAUGUGGACUGCCCAGCACUUCCGCUGGCGUCACCCUCGUACCAUGAUCACCUCCGGUGGUCUUGGAACAAUGGGUUACGGUCUCCCCGCCGCUCUCGGAGCUAAGGUCGCUCGUCCGGACUGCCUCGUCAUCGACAUUGAUGGCGAUGCUUCUUUCAACAUGACACUCACUGAGCUUUCAACUGCUGCUCAGUUCGGCAUUGGUGUCAAGGUUCUCCUGCUCAACAACGAGGAGCAGGGCAUGGUCACGCAAUGGCAAAACCUUUUCUACGAGGAUCGUUACUCCCACACUCACCAGCAGAACCCCGAAUUCGUUCCUCUCGCUAAGGCUAUGCGUGUCGCCGCCGACCAGUGCUUCAAGCCCUCCGAGCUUGAGGAGAAGCUGAAGUGGCUGAUUGAGCACGAUGGGCCUGCUCUUCUGGAGAUUAUCACUGACCGCAAGGUGCCCGUUCUUCCUAUGGUGCCUUCCGGCCGUGGACUCCACGAGUUCCUGGUCUACGACGAAGCCAAGGACCUCGAGCGCAAGGAUUUGAUGCGCCAGCGUAAUGUGGACUUCCAUGUCCGGACGGAGUAG